AUGCGGAUAUUACCAGAUAGUUCUCUUUUAAAAGGUUAUGAAUUUCUGAAAUGCUGUAAUACAAAGGAAUAUUUUUGUCAGACAGAUUGUCCAGGAUUCAAGCAGAAAAGCAUUAAGGCUGACACCAAAGAGGAAUUUGUUAAAGUUAGAAGGAGGGAUUUGGAAAGGCUGACAACUGAGGUUAUGCAAUUGCGGGAUUUCUUACCCAAAAUAGUAAAUGGGGAUAUCCUGGGGACAUUGCAGAAACUGGAUGCUAUUGAAUCAAACAUGGAGAAAAAGGAGGAGGAAAUAGAGCAGCUAAAAAUGGAUUGUGAACACUUCAGAGCCCGUCUGGAAACAGCCCAGGCAGAUUGCAUGAGGGAGAAGAAGGAGAAACUAGACCUUCGCCAGCAGCUGAAUGAGGCCAAGCAGCAGCUCCUGCAGCAAGCAGAGUAUUGCACAGAAAUGGGUGCAGCAGUGUGCACAUUGUUAUGGGGUGUAUCUAGCAGUGAGGAAGCUGUUAAAACCAUUCUAGGAGGAAGUAAAGCAAUAAAGUUUUUCACAAUCGCUGCACAGACCAUGGAGAGCUUUGUGAAGUCAUUAAGUGAAGACAUGAAACAGCAGGAUCUGGAUUCUGAUGAAAAUCAGUUUGUAUUAGCUUUGGCAGGGAUUGUAACAAAUGUGGCUGCACUGGCAUGUGGCCGUGAGUUCUUGGUUAGUUCAAGUCGUGAAUUACUGGACACAAUGAUGCACCUCCUGGGAGACAUGAAGCCAGGACUCUGUACCAAGUUUAAAGUGCUAAUGCUAAUGUCACUUUACAAUGUGAGUAUCAACUUGAAAGGCUUGAAGUACAUCAGUGAAAGUCCAGGUUUUAUUCCUUUGCUUUGGUGGCUAUUGAAUGACCCGGAUACCGAAGUUUGUCUUCAUGCUCUGCGGCUCCUCCAGUCUGUGAUUCUAGAGCCAGAAGUAUUAGCCAAGUCAGCCUCUGAGAUGCGUGAUACUUUGCCAUUUCAGCGUAUCAUUGCGCUGUCAAAGAGCCGCAAUGCAGAACUGCAAGCACUUGCAAAAGAACUACUUGACGAUCUUAAAAUACUUGAGUUUGAAGCAUAG